AUUAUUUUAAUUUAAUCCACCUUCAAGACCCACUUCAUCCAUUCAACAAAAAAUAUAUAUAAAACCCAUCAUGUCUACAACCAUCACAACUUUUCCGAUCAAACUUACAUGGAAAACCGGCCAAACUCCACCACCGUCGGUUUCACUCUCCUCCCAUCGGAGCUCAUCCACUUCAUAAUCCUCCGCCUAGCUUUACCGGACAUCUUCCACUUAAAAUCCGUCAACAAAUUCAUCACCUCCGUGAUCUCCGAUCAAGAUUUUCUCCGUGAUUACAAUCUCCGAUCAAGCUCCUCCACGUGGCUCUUUGUCUACAAGAAAAGAUGGCACCGUGAUCCGGUUGUGAUCCAUGGCUUUACACGCUCAUCUGAACGGUGGUUUAAGGUGAUGAUCGGAGAUAUAUUGAAACCGGUGAUUCCUCCCGGUGAAGAUCUUUAUUUCUUGACGGCCUCCGGCAACUUUUUCCUUUUCGCUUUGAAUUGUAGCCGGGAAGUUGUUUCCGUUAAUCCCAUGACUAAAAAAGUCCAAAAGGUUCCACAUAGCCCAUUGGGCCCACGUGGCACGUCGUCGUGGAGGCGGUCCGGGAUUAAGUUGCUAGCGGGCCCACCGGGUUCGGGCCGGUUUCGGUUUUUGUUUGCGGAGAUGGUUGGUAAUAGCCCGACUUUGUUCGAGUAUGAUUCGAGGACUAACGAGUGGAAGUCAACCGUUGCGAGGGAGAGUGUUGUGAGCCCGAAUAUGAGCCCGUCACGUAUCGAGAAUAGAGAUGGGGAUAGGAUAUUUUUAAGUGCGUCGAAUGGGCCGAGGAGAAGUGUUGUGAUUUCUGUUGGGCCGGAUAUGAAUGAGCCCGUUGUUGUGCAACCGGUGUUUUCGGGUGUUGUUGAGGAUGGGGAGUUGGCGGUUGGGUUUAGUUGGGGAAGCGUGAUUAAUCGGUUACAUAUUUAUGGUGACGGGCGGAUGUUGAUUGUUCGGUCUGGGCCCGAUAGCUUGGACGACGCGAAUCAAGGAAUUAGGGUUGUGAAAGGUGUGGAGUUGUGGGGGUUGGGCCCAAAUGGAAGGCAAUGGGCCUUUGUUUCAAGGGUUCCAAAUGGGCUAAUUGAUGAGAUUAAGAAGCCUUAUGGGGUUAUGAUGGGUUGUUUGGAAGAAAGAGAAGGGACAAUUGGGGCCAUUUUGAUGUCAAAUUUUGAGGGUGUUUGGGAUAUUAUUUGGCUUAGUUUUGACAUAGAAAAGUCAAAAUGGGCUUUGGACCCACUUCCUGAGUUUAAGAUGCAGGGCUCAAACAUGGCUGGGGUCACUUUUUCUUCUGGGCUCACCAUUUGUUAGACCAAAAUCAAUUGUGAAUUAUGUAUAAUUUUGUUUUAUGUUUUUGUAUAAUAUUGUAAUUGGUGAUCUUAAAGACACUUGUUGGGUUGUUUUAAAUGUUUUGCAUUUCACCGAGGGGUUACAAGGCCCAAAGAUUGUAUAUAUCAGAGUUCAAUAAAAGAAUAAGAUUCGGAAAGCUACAAACAAGUUGAUAA